GGCCACUCGGCGGGACGCAGUCACCGCAAAGCACCGGGCGGCCGGCGGACGAGCUCCAGGGGGGCACAAGCAGCGGCUGGACCCGGACAGGCAAGCGGCUGGCGCGGUGGGCAGACACCCGGCGGAGGCCACCGCGCGGGGCCAGGUAGAGACGCGGGGGCCGCGAUGGGCGGCUGCCGCCUGCCCGUCUGGCUGUGCGCCCUCGCGGCGCUGCUCUCGGGGACGCAGGCCAAGGGCAUCCCACUCUUAGCACGGCCCGCGUUGCCCGGUGCCUCUCGCUACAACCUCUACACGACGGGAUGGCGCCCCAGUCUGCGCCCGGGACCGCACAAAGCCCUCUGUGCCUACGUGGUGCACCGGAACGUGACUUGCAUCCUGCAGGAGGGAGCCGAGAGCUAUGUGAAGGCAGAGUACCGGCAGUGCGGAUGGGGACCCAAGUGCCCCAGGACAGUCACGUACCAUACUGUGCUCAGACCCAAAUACAAGGUUGGUUACAAGACAGUAACUCAGCUUACCUGGCGCUGCUGCCCUGGCCUCACUGGAGAAGGCUGCCCCGAGCACCUUACUGACCACGGGGCCACCCCACCCCAGGUGGAGCCUGAGUCGCAGACUCCCUCCGGACAGCUGGGCCCAGGACCCAGGCCCCCUCCACACAGCAGAGCAGCCCCCAACCCCCACGGAAGGAAAGGCCCAGGACUGUUUGGUGAGCGUCUAGAACGCCUGGAGGGAGAUGUCCGACGCCUGGCACAAGCAUAUGGUACCCUCAGUGGCCUGGUGGCCAGCCAAGAAGACCCCAAUAGGACACCUGGUGGCCCCGGGGCUCCUGCUGCCCCUGCAGGUUUUGGGGUUGUGGACUGGGGAGAUGGAGCCGGAGGACCCCUGACAGCUCCCCUGGAGGAGAUCCUGAGCAAGGUGACAGAGGUGAGCAACACGCUGCAGACCAAAGUGCAGCUGCUGGAUGAGGUGCACGGGCUGGCCCUGGGCCAUGAGGCCCACCUGCAGAGGCUGCGGGACACUCCACCGUCUCCGCUCACCUCCCUGGCUCUGCUGGAAGAGUACGUGGACCGCAGGCUGCAGAAGCUGUGGGGGAGCCUGUUGGACGGCUUUGAGCAAAAGCUACAAGGCAUCCAGACUGAGUGUGACCUGAGGGUGCAGGAGGUACAGAGGCAGUGUGAGCAGGGCCAGGCCGCCAGCAGGAGGCUGCACCAGCGCCUCGAUGGCAGGGAGCUGGCCCUGCGCCGGGAGCUCUCGCAGCUGGGCACCCGGCUGCAAGGCCUGAGCGUGGCUGCUGGGGGCAGCUGCUGCAGCCAACUGGCCUUGAUCAGUGCCCGCAUAGACAGCCUUGAGAGGAACCUGCAGAUGGUCGCCGAGACCCAGCGGAGCCCAGGCAUCCCGGCUGGGGAUGAACUUACCAGACUCUCUGCUGCCGUGCUCGAGGGAGGCAUAGAUGGGCUGCUUGAGGGUCUAGAGCCCCUCAAUGGCACAGAGAGUGGCAUGAGGGACUGCUGCCUGAGGAUGGAGAUAGAGGGUUUUGGAACCAUGCUGGAAGAACGGGUGCAGAGCCUAGAGGAGCGCCUCACAAGCCUGGCUGGCCAGCUAAGCCAUGACAGCACCCCACCAGGCAGAUCAGCACGCCCCCUCAUGCAGACGGAGCUGGCUGUGCUAGAACAACGGCUGGUCUCCCUGGAGACCGCGUGUACCCCCAGCACCACCUCUGCCAACCUGGACAACCUCGUGACAGAGGUGAAGGCCUGGCAGAGCCAGAGCAAGGCCCUGCUGCACCAGGUGGCCAGCCACGCAGCUCUGCUCCAGCAGCUCAACAGCACCAUGGCCGAGGUGCAGGGGCAGCUGGCAGAGGGCAUGGGCCGCACCCUCCAGGGCGAGAUCACGCUACUCAAGGUCAACCUGAACUCAGUAAGCAAGUCACUCACAGGCCUCAGUGACUCUGUCAGCCAGUACUCAGAUGCCUUCCUGGCCGCCAACUCAUCCCUGGAUGAGAGGGAACGCAAGGUGGAAGCUGAAGUCCACGCCAUCCAGGAGCAGGUCAGCAGCCAAGGCUCGAGGCUUCAGGCCGGCCACAAGCAGGUCCUGACCCUGCGGGGGGAGCUGGAGCGACUCAAGGCUGGAGUGGCCAGUAUGGCCGGCAGGCUGAGCCGUUGCCAGGACACAGCCCAGGAGCUCCAGCAUGCAAUGGGUCACUUUGACCAGCGAGUGGCACAGAUGGAGGGGGUGUGUGAAAGUCUGGGUCUGCUGACUGCAGGCCUGGACAGCUUGCCCACCAAGCCACUGGGAUCCAGGGAGGGCCUGUGGGGCCACAUGGACCAGCUGAAUCGCACGCUGGCCCAGCACACGCAAGACAUUGCCCGCCUCCGGGAUGACCUACUGGACUGCCGGGCCCAGCUGGCUGAGCAGGCCCGGCUGGGGCAUACUGACUAGACAGGUUGGACAGAAUCCCAGUCCUGGGAAGGUCACCCCAAAGCCCAGACAUGGCCAACAGCACCUCCCAGCAUGUCUAACCUUGAUGCCACUUUGGGAAUGGCCUUGAUCCACUUCCACACAAUUGUCCUGGUGAGCAAAAUCCAUGCUCAGUACUACAUAGCCUGGACAACUUGAGGGCGGAGGGGUCAUGGUCAAAGCAAGGUUAGCACACCCAAAGGCCAGGGUGUUGCAUCCCACGGUCUGCAAAGGUGCAGGCCAGGGUGGAGAGAACCACAGGCCCAGACUCAGGCCAGCAACCUAUCCAAACCUCCCUUUGCCUGUGAGCAGGUAGUUCUCAGCGCUUGGAGGCUUCUGGUCUCGUUCUCUGACUUCUUAUCCCCAGGCAAAUGGGCUCCAUUUCAGCAGGAGGGUGACAGCCCUGGAGCUGUGUUCACACCUGGCAGCUUUGGGACCCAGAAGCUUCCAGCUCCCCACAUGGUUCCCAGCAUAGAACAGCAGCACAUAGACUCACUGAGAAUUCACUUUAUUCCUUUGGUGCCUCCCUAAAGGAUGAGGACUUGGGCAGCUGUAGGACCCCAGAGGAAAGAACUGGACUCAGGCAAUCCCACUGGAGACCCCACUACAGUUUAUCCUUCCCUUCCCUCCCAGAUGUUUUCAAGGUGCUCCGGAACCUACACAGGGUCUCUCUCCUAGAGAGCAGUGCUGGCGUCAUUAAGGCGUGAAAGAGGCCAGACCCUGAGAGGGAGGCCACAGCCACAGGGCAAGAGGCAUAGGCCUUGCUUUUAAGACCCUUGGGGAACUCCAACCCUGCCAGGAUGUUCACCAAGUGGCAAGAAAUUCAGGGACAACUUGAAAACGGUGCUCAUGAGGCCUGUGCCAUGCCCAGAGACUGACACCCGUCUUGACGAAGGUCCUGGCCUCAGUUUAUCCCCCAACAGCUCCUGUGCUGUGUGCAGGCCCUCCUGGUCUGACCUUCUGGUAUCUGGACAUUGGAUAUUCUGCUCUCCGCUUUGGAACUGCUGGGGGGCAGGGUGGGGGCAGGUUCUGGAUUAAAGCUUUCAGCCAGUC